AUGUCUUAUGGUCGCUUCAGACUUCCACUUCCUGAUCACUCUACUCCUCAAAGUCAACCUCUGGGAACUCCUUCUCAGCCUUCAACAACCUUCAGAUGGCGAUCUACUCCAUCCUCCAUCAGACAAAGAUCUAUGCAAUCUACUCCACCCCCCAUCAGACAAAGAUCUAUCCCAGCCUUGUCUGCUCCAGCUAUGAGCCCCCCUGGUAAACCAUUCACACCCGAACCAGGACUGAAUUUUCGCCUCAAAGCAACAAGGUAUUUACUGACUUACUCUCAGUGGGCAGGAGUGGUGGAGAUGCAUAGAGAUGGACACUUCCAUUGGCACAUCAUUUGCAUUUUUGAAAAGAGUCCCAAUGUCCGCUUCAGAUCUGCAUCAAGGAUUUUUGAUGUCCUUCACUUACACCCCAACAUCCGACUACUUUCUCGUCAAGGUGAUGUUGAGCGGGCUUGGGAUUAUAUCCACAAGGACCCACUUUCUGAGAGAUUUGGCCCAUGGUCAGGUCCUGUUGAUGUGGUUGCACAGGGCUUGACUUCAUCUAGAGCUGGCUGGGCAUACAUUCUUGAUGCAGAAACAGCAGGGGACUUCACAAUGAGGUGCACUGCACUUGAUCCCAAGGCCUAUGCAAACAACUUUUCUAAUCUUCGCAUCUACAUGGCUCAUCGUUAUGAGAAAGUCCAGCCCAGAUAUAUCUCAAACUAUUCUCAUUUUCCACAUCUGCCUCAGGUGGUCACUGAUUGGGUCAACUAUGAGAUGAAAAAACAUGAGAGGCCCAAGGCUUUGAUUAUUUGGGGUCCAAGUCGGACUGGGAAGACUGAAUGGGCCAGAUCCCUUGGUCCUCAUUCUUACCACAAUUUCCAGAUGAAUGGAUCUGAGUUUGAUGAAAAUAAGGCUUCCUACAUUGUGCUGGAUGACAUAGACCCAGCCUCAUUUCCUCAAUACAAGUGUUGGCUGGGGGCACAAAGAGAGUUCACCCUCAAUGAAAAAUAUUGCAAGAAAAGAAGAGUGGUUUGGGGUGGGCCUGCCAUCUGGCUUUCAAAUUCUAAUCCCUUGGAUUAUUCCAGCUGGGACCAGAAUUGGUUACAGGCAAAUUCUGUGAUUGUUCAUCUUGAUCACAAUCUGUAUGAUGAAGGGGAUAGCACAUUCUGA